CGAAGGAAAAGGAGGGACUCGUCCUUAUUCGACUCCCCGGAAUUAUUUGACACACUCUCUCUCUCUCCCUCUCUCUCUUUCUCUCUCUCUCCUCUUUCUCCUUCCAGUCUUCUGUCUUGUCUCUUUCUUUCCCCAUACCAUUACUUCGGUCCCCCUGUCCGUCUCCCACAUCCCCCUCAUCAAUCCCUUUAAUUAGCCCCUCUCAUCUUCCCUCUAAAAUCUCCUCUUAUCCCCUUCAGCUCUCGAGUAGAGGAACAAUAAUGGUGGCCAAGAAGCCAAGAAUAGUGAUCGUCGGGGCGGGGAUGGCGGGGCUUACCGCCGCCCACCGCCUCUACACCUCCACCGGUGACCUCUUCGACCUCUGCGUCGUCGAGGCCAGCGACCGGAUCGGCGGCCGGAUCCUAACCGCUGAGUUCGCUGGCGACCGCGUCGAGAUGGGCGCCACCUGGAUCCACGGCAUUGGCGGCAGCCCCAUCUACGCCAUGGCCCAGGACCUCCAGGCCCUCGCCGACCCCCGUCCAUGGGAGCGCAUGGACGGCUUCCCCACCGACCCCCUCACCGUCGCCGAGGGCGGCGCCGUCGUCGAUCCAUCACGCGUCGUCGCCCCCGUCACCGCCCUCUACCGCCGCCUCAUGGACUCCGCCCGCGCCGGCGACGCACCCGUCGACCCCAAGGACCCCGGCGUCGGCUCCUUCCUCCGCCGCGGCCUCGAAAGGUACCGCGCUUCCCGCAGCGACGCUGGCGGCGGCGGCGGCGGCGAGGGCGACUGGACCCUGGAGGCGCUGGAGGACGCCGUCUUCGCGAUCCACGAGAACACGGAGCGGACCUGCACCUCGGCCGACGACCUCAGGUGGCUGGACCUCGCCGCGGAGAGCGAGUACCGGGACUUCCCCGGCGACCAGAUCACGAUCGCCAAGGGGUACUCGCGCAUCGUGCAGACCCUCGCGGCUGCCAUCCCCCCGGGCGUGAUCCGGUUUGGGCGGCGGCUCCGCCGCGUCGAGUGGUGCCCCGAUGGAGGCGGGAGCGGCGGCCCCGUGAGGCUCCACUUCGAGGGGGAUUACACCCCGAUGGCUGCGGAUCACGUGAUCGUCACGGUGUCGCUGGGGGUCCUCAAGGCGGGGAUGGGGCUGGGGAAGGAGGUCUGCUUGGGGUUGCCGCCGGGCCCCGGUGUGGUGUUCUCCCCGGCCCUUCCGGAUUUCAAGCGGGGCGCGAUCGGACGGCUGGGAUUCGGCGUGGUGAACAAGCUCUUCAUGGAGAUGGACGAUGAUUCGCAGCGGUUCUUCCCGUUCCUCCAGAUGGCGUUCGACCAGGCGGAGUCGUCGGCGAGACACGUGGCGAAGAUCCCGCGGUGGAUGAGGAGGACGCACUCGAUCUGCCCGAUCUACGGCGGAUCGAGGGUGUUGUUGGCGUGGUUGGCUGGGGAGGAAGCCAUGGAGCUCGAAUUGCUGAGCGACGAGGAGAUCAUCCGCGGUGCCCACGCCACGCUGGACGCCUUCCUGCCUACCGUCCACCCGCGGAUCGCCCGGGUGAAGCGGACCGGCUGGGCCAGGGAUCCGCUCUUCCUGGGCUCUUACAGCUACGUGGCCGUCGGAUCCAGCGGCGACGACCUGGACCUCAUGGCGGAGCCUCUGCCGCGUGAAAGCGGCGGCGGAGGAGACGGUGCUCCGCCGCCGCUGCAGAUAUUAUUCGCCGGGGAGGCCACACACAGGACGCACUAUUCUACCACGCACGGGGCGUAUUUUAGCGGCAUCAGAGAGGCUAACCGGCUACUCCAGCACUAUCGCUAUACCAGCAGCUUCGUACAAUAUUAGUCAUCAUUAAAUUUAAUCAAUAGAUAGUUAUCACCCCAGUAUUCUUAAUUAAAGCUUAUGUAAUAGAGGGAGGGAGGGGAAGGUGAGGUUUGGGAGGGUGGGCACGUCUAUGAGAAGUAUUUUUUUUUUUUUUUUUUUUUGGCCCUUUUUUCCCUCUUUGCUCGCUGUUUUUCUUGAAUUUUAACUUGCCCCAUAUUUCUGUUGUGUCUUCAUCUCUCUUGUUUUAUCUUGUUCUUUUGACCGGUGAUUGGUUCAAACACUGAGCUUAUUCCCCUUCCAGGGCUUGUUUGGAUGCCCAAACAAGAUAUGUAGGCUGUGGUCGUAAUCUGCUCCAAAGUUAUAUAAAGAAAGACAUCGUGGAAUCAGUCUGGAGAGAAAAAGGAGAACAUGGGCCUGAGAAUGGUCCCUACCAAGACCACCAUGAUAUCACAAAGCAAAUGAUUUUUUUUU